ACUGAACACAGCCGGUAAUAAUACGAAUCAUUUAAACAAUACUGCUUUUAAUGUUUAUAACAAGAUGAUUUGUAUAGUUUGUUUGUUUAUAUAAAUGAAUUGUUAGCGAAUUCGCUAACUAGAAACCUAGUAACUUGAGAGUGUGUAUGUGUUGUAGUUAAUUAUAUUUCAGGUAAUGUUAGAAUAGAUCUGCUUUUCAAUCGUUAGUUUUGUAUGACGGUUACAUCGGCUUGUUUAGCUUCUCACUGGCUGCUGGAUUUCGACAAACAUAGACAUGUAACGUUAGAAGUAUAAGUUACCUCACAUUCUAAUGAAAGUCAUUUCAGUUCUGUUCUUAAAAACAGUUCGUUUAAGCCUCUAGUUUUACAUUAACUAGAUUCAGUUUCCACCCGUCGGUUAGCUAAGUCAGAUUGGAGUGAAGCUCACUAACGCAAGAUCUUACGCCAUGGCCUCUCAGAAUAUGGACCCCGCAGCAGCCUCGUCCACAGCAGCACUGAAGGGCAGCGAAACCAACGUCAGCGUGUCGAAAGGAUCCGUCACUAAAAGGCUUCAGCAAGAGCUGAUGACGCUAAUGAUGUCAGGAGACAAGGGCAUUUCAGCAUUUCCAGAGUCUGACAAUCUCUUCAAAUGGAUUGGCACAAUAGAUGGAGCUCAAGGAACGGUUUAUGAAGGUUUGAGGUACAAACUUUCCCUGGAGUUUCCUAGUGGGUACCCCUACAAUGCCCCUCGGGUGAAAUUCGUCACUACUUGUUUCCACCCAAAUGUUGAUGAGAAUGGCUUCAUCUGCCUAGACAUUUUAAAGGACAAGUGGUCUGCACUAUAUGAUGUCCGCUCCAUUCUAUUGUCCAUUCAGAGUUUAUUAGGAGAACCCAACAAUGAUAGUCCAAUGAACUCUGCAGCUGCUGAACUAUGGGAUGACCAGGAAGCAUUCAAAGCCCAUUUGCACGCAACCUACAAGAACUGACCAUGAACAUUAACAUCUGCCUCUUGUUUUAUCUGUGUCUGUUUUCUUGUUUGUAAUGUACAUUUUCUGUAUUGGGUUUCUGUGUAUAUUUUUCAAUGUUGUCCUAAAUAAAAUGCUGAUUGAAUUGA